AUGACGUCCGACGCCCAUCCCCCUCCCUCUGCACCCUCCGCUGCCGCCGCCCUCCUCGAAGAAGACGACGACGACUACCGCUCCUCCGAGGACGAGGACUUUGACCCCACCACUGCUGCUGCUGCCGCCGCCACCGUCUCGGAGAACUCAGACUCAGACUCGGACUCGGACUCGGACGCAAAAUCGAAACCCAAACCCAAGAAACGGGCCACAAAGAAGCGCCAGCGAGACCACUCCGAAGACCCCACCCCCGCCCCCGCCCCCGCGCGCAAGAUCAAGACCCGCGCGCACCGCCGCCUCCACGGCGACCGCGACCCCGACGACGACAACGAGGAGGAGUCCCGUACCACUGUGCUGGCGGCGGCGGCGGCGGCGGCACGGGAUGUGACGGACGUGGAUGCGCUGUGGGCGGCGAUGAAUUCGCCGGCUGUAAAGGAGGAGGCGGAAAGGAAGGAGGAGGGGACAGAGGAGACGGAAGGAGAGGCAGAGAAGAAGACACAGGCUGGAAAGGGAAAGGGCAAGAUCCACAGAGAAGAGACAAUAACGAUAUCGCGCACCUACACGUUCGCCGGGCAGGAACACACAGAGCACAAAGUCGUCCCCCGGGACUCGCAGGAAGCACAAGUCUACCUCGCCUCUCUCCCCGCCGCACCCUCCACCACCACCUCUACCACCACCACCACCACAACAACAACAACAACAACACCACCAGGCACCAAGCCCCGCCGCGCAGCACCCAAAAAGCGCGUCUCGGCAUUCGACUCGGCGGCCGCCGCGCGCAAGCCACACACCCCCGGCGGCACGCCCGCGCAAAAGAUGAACACGCUCGAAAAGUCGCGGCUGGACUGGGCGGGCUUCGUGGACAAGGAGGGCAUUGGCGAGGAGCUGCGCCGCCACAAGAUGGGCGAGAAGGCGUAUCUGGAGCGGCAGGCCUUCCUGGGGCGCGUUGAGGAGCGCGGCGAGAUGGUGCUCAAGGAGGGGAGGAGGAAGGGGUAG